AUGUCUGUCACCGAAGCUGUUGCCUCUCUAACCCCCAGCAAGGAAGGGGAGAUUGAACAAAGGGCUUCAGAUAUAGAAAAUGCACUCCCACGACAUCCUCCUUUCCAAAACGAGUACACAGACAACUCUCACGUUCCAAAUCUCUCAGUUCUCCGCAUCUUCUGGCUUUUCUUCACCCAGUUCGGGCUUUUUGCAUGGGGUGGUCCCGUCGCCCAGAUUGCGCUGAUCAGAGAACGGCUUGUCGUCCGAGACCAAUGGAUUACCCUUGCGAGAUUCAACCGCGUCUUCGCUGUGUAUCAGAUCCUUCCUGGACCUGAAGCAGCGGAAUUGUGCAUGUUCUUCGGCUGCCUGGCGGGCGGGAGGAUUGGUGGGCUGGCGGCGGGCAUCGGGUUUAUACUACCGGGGUUCGUGCUCAUGCUGGUGGCGAGCUACGUCUAUGCUGUAGUGGGCUUUGGGAACGUAUAUUUUAAUGCAAGUUUCAGGGCUUUGCAGCCGAUGGUGGCAGCCAUGAUUCUACGGGCCACGCAUAAGAUUUCUGAACAUGCACUCCUCUCACACGAGACGAAGAAACCUAAUCCAUGGCUCUUUGCUUUCGCAAUUUUGACUGCGAUCAAUAGCGCCCUACGAAUUAAUUGGUUCAUAUCACUCGGUGUCUACGGCCUCAUCAACAUGGCCCUCGUCCGGCGGUAUUGGCUUAUUGCAGGUCUUCUUUUCACCCUCCAAUAUGUAGGUUACGCCCUCUACGUCGUCUUCAGAGGUGUUCCAUCUCCACUCGCACUCGCACUUGGCGUGGCUCGCGUCCCUGACCUUGCACAUCUCUUCGUCCUUGGGCUCGUCGCAGGAAGUCUCUCCUUUGGCGGAGCAUACACUGCAAUCCCCUUCAUCCAUGUUGAGGCCGUCCUGCUGGGUCGCUGGAUGCCAGAGCAGGCUUUCAUUGACUGUAUUGCUAUUGGGAACGUUUUACCGGCACCAUUGGUAAUUUUUGCAACAUUCGUAGGUUUCCAAGGGGGUUACCUCCAUGGUGGUCUAGGAUACGCGUUUGCUUCUGCGACAGUCAUAACGCUGGGCAUGUUUUUCCCCUGCUUUAUAAUGACGAUCAUUGGACACCCUGUGCUCGAAAAACUUGUUCAUAACCAAUUCCUCGCCGCAUUCUUCGAUGGUAUAUGUGGCUCCAUCGUCGGCGUAAUCGCAAUCGUAGCCAUCCAAAUUUUAAGAGACAGUGUAGGCAGCACUGGCCGCGUCAAGCCAACGACAGCCGAUGGUGUGUUGGCCGUGGCCACGCAAGAUUCUAUAGCAGCUGUUUUGUACCUCGUCACACUCGUCGUGCUUUACAGGUUUACGCACAAGUACACUGCGAUUGUGCUUGUGCUCUGUGGUGCGAUAGCUGGUCAGUUCUUAUUUGUUUGA